GUGCUGUAUAAAGAGGGACGUUGCUGUGUGUGUUUCCGCAGCUUGAACCCAUACAGCUACGACGAGAGCUGCUUGUCCAGCAGCGUUGACCACAUCCCCCUGGCCGCCCUGCCCCUCCUCGCCAUCUCGUCACCGCAGUAUCAGGAGGCUGUCGCCGCGGUGAUCACCAGAGCCAAUCAGGUCUACCACGACUUCCUCAAGUCCCAGGAAGGGGCCGGCUUUAGCGGACAGGUGUGUCUGAUGGGGGACUGUGUGGGAGGCAUCCUGGGCUUUGAUGCCCUGUGUUUCAGCGCCUGCAUGAGAGCCGAGAGCCAGAGCAGCAGCCGGCAGGACAGCACAGAGAGCCUGCAGGAGAACCCCAGUGUCUCAGAGGGCAGUGGGCUGAGCUUCCACUCCAGCAAGCGCCUCAGCAAAAGCAACAUCGACAUCUCGGGGGUGGCACCAUCGCCGAGGCAACCGCUGGGGCGGAACCAGAGCGACUCCUCCAAGUACGAGUGUGCCUCGAUAACCCAGAACCACUCCUUCCUCAGCAGUAUCCAGCCCAGUCUGUUGCAGGACUCUGAUCUCCAGCAGGGAAGCAGCUCCAGUCUCCAGGUCUUCAAUCCUGGGAAGUUUGAUUUCGAGGUGUCAGAUUUUUUCCUGUUCGGAUCGCCGCUGGGACUGGUUCUAGCCAUGAGAAGGACCGUGCUGCCCGAAAUCCAGGUGUCUCAGCUGAACCCUGCCUGCACUCAACUCUACAGCCUCUUCCACCCCGCAGACCCCUCAGCAUCCCGCCUCGAACCUCUGCUGCACCGCCGCUUCCACCAGCUGGCUCCCUUCCCGGUGGCCCGCUACCAGCACUGCCCCCUGGGGGACGGGAGGUCCAACCUGCUAGCGGACGCGAUCCACAGCAGCCCGUGGGUGUUCCUGGAGCCCGGCCAGGCCCCCCCCCCUGCCUCUGCCUCGCCACCUCCCCCUGCCCGCAGAGCAAGCCAGACCAGCAUGGGCAGCGAGGUGUCGGGCUGCUCCCUCAGCCAGCUCGCCAGCACCAUCACCAACAUCUCAAGUGCUUGGUGGGGUACGAAGCGGCUAGACUACGCCCUCUACUGUCCGGACGUGCUCACUGCGUUCCCCACUGUGGCCCUGCCACACCUUUUCCACGCCAGCUACUGGGAGUCCACCGAUGUCGUGGCCUUCGUGCUUCGCCAGGUGAUGCGCUGCGAGAGUGUCAACGCCCAGGAGGCGGACGGCUCGGACUCUGCCCUCUUCUCACCCUCGAGCCCGCGAGAGAAGUGGCAGCGGCGGCGCACUCCCGUCAAGCUGCGGAAUGUCACGGCCAAUCACAGAGCCAACGAUGUCAUCGCAACGGAGGACGGCUCGCAGACUCUGAUUGGUCGGUUCAUGUACGGCCCUCUGGACAUGGUCACCUUGACCGGCGAAAAGGUGGAUGUCCAGCUGAUGACUCAGCCCUCGUCCGGCCGCUGGGUUCACUUCGACACCGAGGUCACCAACAGCAACGGCCGCGUCUCCUACACCAUCCCCGAAGACAAACGGCUGGGUGUGGGGGUGUACCCCAUCAAAAUGAUCGUCAGGGGUGACCAGACCAGCGCCGAAGCCUUCCUGACAGUGCUGCCUCGCGGGAUGGAGUGCGUGGUGUUCAGCAUCGACGGCUCCUUCGCUGCCAGCGUCUCCAUCAUGGGCAGCGACCCCAAAGUGCGGGCAGGAGCCGUGGACGUGGUCAGGCACUGGCAGGACCUGGGUUACCUGAUCAUCUACAUCACGGGCCGGCCGGACAUGCAGAAGCAGCGCGUGGUCUCCUGGCUCUCGCAGCACAACUUCCCGCAGGGCAUGAUCUUCUUCUCCGACGGGCUGGUGCAUGACCCGCUGAGGCAGAAAACCAUCUUCCUGCGCAACCUGGUCCAAGAGUGCCAAAUCAAGAUCAGCGCUGCCUACGGAUCCAUGAAGGAUAUCUCUGUGUACAAUGUGCUGGGCCUCUCUCCCUCCCAGAUAUACAUCGUGGGACGUCCCUCCAAGAAAUACCAGAACCAGUGCCAGUUCCUGAGCGAGGGGUACGCAGCGCACCUCUCCUCUCUGCAGUUCGGGCACCGCUCCCGUCCCAAGAAGAGCUCCGUCCGCAUGGUGCUGCGCAAGGGCAGCUUCGGGCUCUCGGCUAAGCCCGACUUCCUGCGCAAGCGGGCCCACCUGCGGCGCACCAUGUCCGUGCAGCAGCCCGACCCGCCCUCCACCCCCAACCCCAAACCCGAGAGGGCGCAGAGCCAGCCCGAGUCCGACAAGGAUCCAGAGAGGCACCCGGGGCCGGGGGUGUGGGUGCGAGGAGCUGGGCAGCGGGGGGAUUCCACCCCCUGAGAGAGGGAGGGGGAGGGGGAGGGAGGAGCUGGGCAGCUCAGGGACUCCACCCCCUGAGAGAGGGAGGGGGAGGGGGUGGGAGGAGCUGGGCAGCACAGUGUCUCCACCCCCUGAGAGAGGGAGGGGGCGGGGUGGGGGAGAGCUUGAUAUCUUAAGAGCCCCUUCCAGGACUGAGACAUCUGUAAUGCCAAGUGGAUGCAGGGUGGUUAUAGACUCAGUUAAGGCUUUCACGUUUAGGAAAUUUAUCUGUGAGAGUGAUCUCCCAGUAAAAGACAAACAGAACCAUUUAAAAACAUAGGAAGCUUAGCAAUUGUGCUGAAUUAAACUCAAAGUGAGUUCUGCUUCUGCUGUGGAGAACCCUUUAGUGCAGAGCUAGUGGAUGAUAAAGUGCCCUGAUGUGUAACGCUUUGCCUUAAGGAGAGGCUCCAUCAUCAAAAUCACUUCUACAAAACCAAAAAGCUGCGUUUGUUAGGAACGGCUGCCCCCACAGGUGCAAUUGAAAUGACAUGCUGGCUUUCUAACCACGCUGGAUUUAUUCGUAAUACAUGUUAAUAAUAAAGACAGGCUAGAUGAGAGUAAGUACAGAGAGAACCUGGGGCGCAAACGCUGCCUGGAUCUCUGCACUGAUAGACUGGGUUUUUGUAGCAGAAUGCACACAUGGACAAAAGUGCAUUCUAACACUCAAUCUGUGAGAACUGUUCAGACAACCAGGAAUCCAUUUUAGGACUAUCGAAAAAACAACAUCCUACUUACUGAUCAGCCUCCCGAGAUGUGCGAUCCUCACAGCGGAUUCCUGGACAGUCCUCUGUCCUGGGAGGAGUGCAGAGACUGAGCGCCCACCCUUGAUUUCUGCAUGGAACAGGGAUGUGAUUGUGACAUCACAAUGAGAUAAAAACCCACAGCCCCAAACAGAAGGAAGAACUCAGCAGCCAAUCACAGCACAGAAACACUGAGAACUCAUCCGGCCUGUCGCGUGGAGCUGUCCCCCCCCCCCAGUGACUGGUUUCUCCGAUCGGUUAGCAGUCUGAGCCAGAGGGAAGUGACUUUCCUGGUAAAAACCUGUUUUUAAAGACACACGUGUCAGACUGGACGAUUAGCAACCACUUUCUGAGGACCUGGGACUUCUUGUCUGCCGACAAACUUAUUUUUUUAAACAGAAGACGCUACUGAAUAUAUGAAUAUGUUGCAAAAGGUUUUUUAAUAUAAAACAGUACAGUGUUGUUUAUCUGGGUAUGUGCAGAUUGCUUUGGGCCUUUUUGUUGUUGUUCGCAUAUAUGAACCAAUAGCAGGUUAAAUAAAAAAAAAAAUCACUGAAAGUAUUACCCUUCUGCUUGACCAAAGUAUUUUUGUCUAGUGUUGAGGACUAGUGCAACGUGUUUUCUAACUGUUAUUUUUGUAUUACGUAUAUAUACGGUAUAUAUACAUCUACAUAUUUAAUAUAUUUAUGUAAAAUAUGUAUAAUGAUGUCUUACUUUCAAGUUGGAAUCAAAGAUUGCGGAAGACGGGUGUUUUGAAAGGACAGCCAGCGGGGGUCCUCCUAGUCCAGUGACAAGUGUUACGUUCCUGUCGCGUGUGUUCAAUAACGCUGUGCUGCAGCGUCACAUCAACGCUGCGCCGGCUACCACGUGUGCUUCGUUAGAGCUAGAUAUCUGUAACUGUUACGAACGCUCACGGGGGCCGCAGAGUUGCCUGUUCUACACGGUUGUACCAAAUCUAUUUAUCCUUGUUUUUGAGGGUUGGUGGGAGUGGCUUGCCUUUGAUUUGUUUUUUUAAACCCCUCCCACUAUUUGGCUCGUCACGGAGCUCGAUCAACGCCAUUAGUCUCGGCAUAGGCAGCAGUGGGUUUAAGUGACCCGUGUGUGGAUGGAUCGGUUUAUUUAUUUGUGGUAUUGCUGGUUUCCAAUGUUCUGUACAGAGAUUUGCAUUUGUAACAAAAAAAAAAAAAAAAAAAGCUGCAAUUUCCAUAUUGUAGCGAUGGAACACGGUUUGUAUAAAAUGGUGAAGAUUUUAAUUGUGCACCACUUCAAUAAAAAAAGAGGCUCUUCGUA